UCUGUGGGUUCUUGUUCUGGUCUACCUGACUUUGCCUUCAUUCAGAAUAUUUUAAUAAUAAAUGGUGAAGUUUCAUUUGUUGUUGAAAAACAGAGCUCAUGGUACAUUGAACAUCUUCGGUCAUAUGAAAUUGCAAGGUGUAACUAUGGAGAUGUAAUUCUUGUUCGUCCAGAACAGCUGAAUGACUUUUAUCCUCUUACACCAUACAAAAUAAGAGGAAAGCUUUUAAUUUCUCUCAAGAGAUUUAUCAUUUGUUAGCCACUUAUUGUAAUUAUAUUGAACAUCUUUUUUUAUCUUUUUUAGUAACAUUUGUCACUAUGCUACUUCGAGUUAUUCUUGGACCUGACAAUAUACAAAAAGUAUCCAUUCCCAACCCUUCUUCACUUGAAGACCUCAAAGAAAUGCUAUCGAAAAAGCUACAGAUUGAGAAAGGAUUUUCAAUGCAAUAUGAAGAUCCUGACUUUGAUUAUCGGCUUUGCAAUCUACAUAAUGUGGAGGAACUUCCACCCGAAAAAGCCACUAUAAGAAUUUUUUGGGAACUAAUGAUGAGCCCAAUAGAACAACCUGACAAAGACUCAUCAGAUGUUUCUUUUGACACUUUAGAUACAGCAAGUCUGGUAUCAGUAGAGUCCGGCCCAAGCUCAUCCAGUUCUUGUCACCGUGUAAAUCAGUGGCCAUCAAAAUUUCUCAUACCAAGUUUUUCAUUUGACGUAGAGAUCCGACUCAGAAAAGGCAAUGAACAAUAUGAGAAAGAACAAACAACUUUGAAUGUGCCCCGUGAUAUGAAAAUGGAAAUAUUAGACAAAUUAGCCGAGCUAAUGUAUUCUUUCAAAGCUUACCCCACUGACAAAGAGUUUGAAGGUGUUGCAAGGGAACUUGUUUCCAAGCACCCUUGUUUGUCUGAGCCUGGACCUGAGAAGGGGUGGCAGGCAUGGAAAAUGAGCCUAAAGCACAAGAUGGGCAACUAUCGUCAAAAAUUGCGCAGGCUGGUUGCUUUGAAGUCACGGUAAACCAAAAGAAAAAGAAAGGUGUUAAAAAACCAAAGCAUGCGGAGAUAAACUUCCUGCCUGACCAUCCACCAGGUAUCAAUGAAGAAGUACUGGAAUGUGAAAGGAGAGCCAUGGUAGAUGAACUUAAGAAGAAAAAUUUCAACAUGACCCUUCUAAAUGAAAAAAUGGACAUUACAUUCUCCAUGAGACGACAAGAAAUUGUUCAAGAACAACCUUUAGUGUCACUUGUAAAAGAGAAAUGGCCAGGCCUCUUCUUACAGCAUCAGGUGUAUGGAGAAUUCAAACGAAUAACGGGAAUCGACCUGUAUAAAACCUUCCUGUUUGCUUUGGAAACGUAUGCAAAUGGGCUUAUUCGCUUGUUCAGAACAAAAGGAGGUGAUGAAAUCGGGACCCUUUUGGAAAGACUUGAUCAGCAGACUACAGACAUAACUGAACACCGUAGAUCAGUUGCAUUGAAAGGCCUUCCACAUUACCUGAGAGAGCACACACCACUAUUGAAGACUUGUUUGGUAACUAAGUCAAAGGAAUUGGACACUCAAGGUGUGAAAAUCAUGAUGAUUGAAAUGGUCAGAGAUGAAAAAGAUUCCAGGACACUAGACAGCAUGGCAGUUGUGAUUGAGGACACUGUUGUGGUUGAAGGACUGCCAGAUUAUCCCACUGCUUUUUGUGUACUGUUUGGGUUGAUUUAUGCCUUAAAUAUGGAGUAUCCCAAAGAAUGGAAGUACACAUUUGAGACCAUUCAGAAGGUCUUUCUUAAUCUUGGAGAGCAAUGUUCGGCUCGCACCCUGUCUUUAAAAAUAAGUUGUUGCAAGUUCUAA